UCCAUCCAGCGGCUGGUCCAGAGCUACGGGCCGAGGAACUGGUCACUCAUCAGCAAGUCGAUCCCCGGACGGUCCAGAAAAUCGUGCCGUCUGCGUUGGUGCAACCAGCUCUCUCCGGAGGUCGACCACCGGUCGUUCAGCGUCGAGGAAGACGACACCAUGAUCAAGGCCCACUCGCGGUUCGACAACAAGUGGGCCAAAAUCGCCCGCCUCCUUAACGGCCGCACCGAUAACGCGAUCAAGAACCACCAGAACUCCACCCUCAAGAGGAAAUCGACCGACGAUUUGAGCUCCCCCGACGAGCAGCAGCCGCUCAAGAGAUCGGCCAGCCUCGACGCCGAGACCACCGAUUUCUCGGGUCUGUACUUGAACUCGAGCAGCCCCUCCGGAUUCGAGCUUAGCGAUUCCGGUAACGCCGCCGCUUCUACAUCCCUGUCUACCGCCCUCUCGGCAGGACCGCGUCGUUGA